UAUGUCUCUUUUAACACUUGUUUGUAUUAUUAAGUUGGAAGUGUUUCUAAAAAAAUCAAACAAUUGGUCGGUUUAGACUUUUAAUCCGUCAUGACGGUGAUAUCCAUGUAGAAGGUCGACUUUUAUUUCCCAACGUUACAUUUGUUUGCAAUUUUAUAAUUUCGCCUCUUUAAAUAAUAUUGGGUUUAAAGGUCGAAUAGAUACUAGAUAAGUCUUUACAAGAAGAUAACACUCGUGUGUUAUAAAGGAAAACGUUAAAGAAGACUGGACCCGUUGUCGAUCGAGGGCGAUCAUUUCUAAGGAUUUGUGAGAAUUUAGUGAUGAACGAGCCUGAGUUAACCAAAAGGAGCUCCUCUUCCGAGAUUCCCACAUCUCAAGGGAGGGAGAUAUUCAGUCAUUACGGAGUGUGUUUCGAUACUCCAAAUUCAAAAGAUGAUGACAUGGUCAAUGGAGGGACGCUCAGUAUUGUCGUUUAUAGCUUUGGAAAAUGCAUAGAAUGGAAGCCAAAUGAAAUUUCUGUAGUCACUGACCAAGAGCAGGAAUGGGCGAUGGUAAAUACAGGGUCAAGGACAUCUGCUGGAGGCAAUGAAUCUAACACAACGAAAUUUCCAUGUAUAAAAAUCCCUCUUUCCGAGUUGAAAAGUUACAAAGUAUCUUCUCAAAAACGAAAACUUAUUUUGACAAGCAAAGACCGUAAGAAAAAAUACACCUUCAUUUUCCAGUAUGAGAAUGCCGAUUGUUUCACAAGGUCGCUAAGGAGUGUCGUUAAAACCAAAAGAUCUAGUCGUGACAGACAUACUUUCAAUAUCAUCGCAGAAAGAGGAGAUCCUGAAGGGCUGAACCAUUCCUUUUCUGAGUUGCAUCUCUUCUCAGACUCUGGAAAAGAUACAGUGUGGAAAUUUGUACACGACUUAAAAACAAGUCCUUACGAAACAACACUCUCCACAUUUUCAAAAUUAUCCGAAUACUGGUUAUACAAAAUGCCAGAAGCGAGAGAUGAGACAAAUGACCUAUCACACUCUGAUGGACCUGUUUUUGCUCAGCAGAAGGAUAGUCUUAAGGACUACCACUUUGUUGUUGAAAAACACGACCAAUUGCCUCCAAGAGUUCUUACUCCAAGAGACCCACCUCUCAAUCUGCAACAGUGGGUUCACUUCAUGGAUGAAGAAGGCAGAAUCACCAAUGUUGAGGAAGUGAAACAAACCAUAUUCAAAGGGGGAAUCACUCCUUCUUUGAGGUAUGAAGUCUGGAAAUAUCUUUUGGACUAUUUCCCUUGGAAUUCGACGAAUAUUGAAAGGCAGGCUCUUAGAAAAGACAAACUUGAUGAGUACUUCAGAAUGAAGAGCCAAUGGAUAAGCAUGACACCAGAACAGGAAUCGAGGUUUUCAGAUUUUCACGACCGUAAAAGUUUAAUCGAAAAGGAUGUAAACAGAACUGACAGAACUGUUCCAUUUUAUAGUGGUGACCAAAAUCCGAAUCUAAAACUGCUCAAUGAUAUUCUAAUGACGUAUGUGAUGUAUAAUUUUGACCUUGGUUACGUGCAGGGGAUGAGCGACCUUCUUUCACCAAUUUUAGCACUCAUGAGUAACGAAGUUGAUGCAUUCUGGUGCUUUGUUGGAUUUAUGAACAAAGUGUACAGGAAUUUUGAUAUGGAUCAGUCAGGGAUGAAGAAACAGCUAAGUCAAUUACAAACUUUAUUGACGGCCGUAAGCCCAGAGUUGGCCUCCUUUUUGGAAGAAAGAGACUCAGGAAAUAUGUUCUUUUGUUUCCGAUGGCUUCUUGUCUGGUUUAAAAGGGAGUUUAACCAAGAGGAAAUAAUGUCCUUGUGGGAACUACUUUGGACAGGACUUCCUUGCUCAAAUUUCCACCUGCUCAUUUGUGUUGCAAUCCUUGAUAAGGAGAAAAAUUUCUUGUUAAAUGGAAACUUUGGUUUUACUGAAAUUUUAAAGCAUAUCAAUGAGCUGGCUUAUAACAUGAAUCUAGAGGAUAUUCUGGUUCGCGCCACGGCUAUAUUUAAGCAGCUAGAAGCUUCGACGAGCCUCACAGUGUCUACAAGACGGGUCCUUGGUUUGGCACCAGAAGCCAGGAAUAGUACCAGUAGCGAGGAGGAGGAAAACAUCGAAGAACCCAAUUUAUGUGAUGUCGCUUCACCUAGUCCAGAAAGUGAUGGUUGUGACCGUGGAAUGGAUCUAUACUACCUUUAACCUUUUAGCAUUUGGCGCUAUUUGUAAAAACGAAAAUUGUUGUCAAUUCUAUUUUUUUUUUCAAAUUAUAUUUUUAGA